GUCGUCGAGUACUCAACGGUGGAUGGUGGACUCUGGAAUUCUGCGUAAAAAGAAUAACGACGAGCAACCGCAGGAGCUAUUGGUCUUCGGAUAUAGCUGCAAAUUGUUUCGCGAUGAUGACAAGGCGAAAAUGAUUGAUCAGGGAAAGCAUUUGAUACCAUGGAUGGGCGAUAACACGUUGAAGAUAGACAGGUCCGUUUCUGUAACCUAGACCAAUUUCUCAUAUAGAAUAUUUGUUCUCAUGCGAUAAGAAAAAACAAAAAAAAACGCAUCGUAAAUAUGUCACGUUUUUGACAAACGACCAACUCAGACAAAAACGAAAAAUUCCAAAAAUAAAAAAAAAUUAUAUAUAUCAAAAUGAGUCAAGUGCUGCGUUUGAAAGGAAAUAGAAUCCGUAGACCCAAGGUCCUCCCUCUUCAUCGUUAAUGUUUGGAUAAGCAAACUGGAGACUGUUUAAGGCUUCCGCAGGUGUCUCGGCUGUGUCGAACGUGCCGAACGUGUGGCAGCGCGAUAUCGCGCUCUGCACGGUCGCAGAAUCAGAUGCUCUUGUGAUGCUUAUGGUGCUUAUGGCUGACCGUCUGAGCAGCAGCAAGAUACGAUGGACGAGGCGCACUGGGUGACCUACGGAUUUACGAGCCACCAACAGGUGGUUUCGAUCAAAGGACCAUACUCACCGAGGAGGAGCUGAAAAUUGAGCAACUCUGUGAUGAGGAGCGGUUUCGGUCCCUUUACCACAAUGAUGAGGAGGAAUCCAUAUAUCAUGAAGAGGAAAUGAAGAGGUUGCAUCAAGCAUUAGACUCUGAAUCCUAUCAUCAAGUGGGAUUUAAUUAUAACGAGGACGAGAAUGGUCACAAGGCUACGUGUGAAGACUCGCAGAGUCCGAAACAGUCGGAAGGUUCGCAAGAGGAAGAUCAGGCAUUUGUUCCACCUCCUGAACUGGAAAUUCCAGAAGGAAUAAUUCUGCCGGAAACUCAAAAGCUGAAUGCCAUUAUAACAAAAACGGCGUUGUUUAUAAGCCGGCAAGGGAGCCAAAUGGAAAUUCUAAUAAAGGCGAAACAAGCGAACAAUCCGCAGUUUGCUUUCCUAUCGAUAGACGGGCCGCUUCAUCAGUAUUAUAGAUAUGUCCUCGAUGCUAUCAAGAGUGGAAAAUAUAAUCCUGAAAAACAACCUGAGAAAGAAGAAUCAGAACCUGAGGAAGAGUCGGACGCGGAUGACGAACCGUAUUUGCAUCCAAGUCUCGCGCCGUCUUUUACAAAAAUCGAAGCGGCACCUAGUAUACCGAGUAUACAAUAUAAACCGUCGGCGGAUUGCGCGUAUUCCAUGCUAGUGAAUAAGAUCACAGGGAAGCCGCCACCUUCUAAAAUACCGCAAACGUUGGACACAACAAUUCAGCCGAUGCCGUCUGCUGGCUACUAUCACCCGAUACCACCACAGAAUUAUCCUUAUCCCACUCCUAUGCAGUACUCGCACGGUCCUGUUAUAUACGGGCCAAACGGACAGAUUCAGUCAUCCUCGCAGCUCAAUGUGCCGAGUGUACCGUCACCAAAUGACACGACGACCGCGAUGCAGACUUCGCCACCGAAGACCGAGACGUUGUCGUCGUUGGUGCCGUAUGGAAUACCUUCGCAAAAGCCGCUCAGCAGACCUUCCUUUAUCGUACCACCGGCAGAUGUGCAGAUCAUAAUCGACAAAAUGGCGAGUUACGUGGCGAAGAAUGGUCGUGACUUCGAGACAAUCGUCAAAAACAAGGGCGAUCCCAGAUUCAAUUUUCUGGAACUGUCGCAUCAAUAUCACGGUUACUACGCACAUAAACUGACGAUAUACGAAGGCGCGAUAAAUCCUAAGGUGCUGACAGAGGAGGAGCUGCUGCAGAAGCAGGAGCCGCAGGAGGAGAAGCAAAAGAAGCUGGAGGAGUUGCAGAAGAAGCAGCAGAGGAUGGAAGAAGUACAAAAGCGCGUGAAGAUGAUACAGGCGAAGAAGAAAGGCGACACUGCUAAAGUGAAACAGUGCUCGCAGGGAACGAAACAGAUCACGACCGUGUCGUUUUCCAUCAAGAAGCCGAAGGACGGCGAGAGCACGGUUAUCGAAAAGAGAAACGCGUUGCCGUUGGAGGAAAGCGACGAGGAGGAUAACGAUAAGAAGGAUACAAAUUCCAAACCUGAUUCACCUCAGGACGUCACCGAUACGAGCUUUCCUGCGAGCAUGGUCGGAAAAGAUCUAUCGAAGUCUGAAAAGAAACCAAAGAGCGACGAUAAGGAAUUGGUAGAUCUGACGGACGAUAUUCUCGAAGAUUGUCAGAAGGAGAUCAGACACAGGCAAGCGGAAGACAGGAUUAAAGACAAGCUGGUAGCUGCCGCAAGGGACAAGCUUGCAGCUACUUCUAGAGAAAAGCAGUUGCAGCUUGAGAGACGGAAAAAAGCUGCUAUGUUCCUCAGCCAAAUUCAAGCACCGACGCUCAGGUCUGGUUCAGUUACGAAUACAAGCCAUCGGAGGGAUGAUUUGGACGAGAUUCAUUCCGUGCCCUCGCCGAUGUUGGAAGAUAGCAAUAGGUCGCAGGAUACGAAGACGUGCGGCAAUUCGUUGAUGGACAGAUUAAAGAGUGCGGACCUGAGCGGCAACAGGUCGAGGAAGCGGUCGAGGAGUCGAAGCGGAAGCCGUACUGACAGACACAAACUUCAUAAGAAGCAUAAGAAAAAGAAGAGUUCUCAUCGAAGCAGUUACGACAGUUCGAGUUCCUCACGCUCGCACAGAUCCAAGAAGAAUAAGAAGUCGUCCUCGAGACACCGGUCUCGCUCGCACAGUCCUUCGCACAGACAUCAACACAAUUCACGGCGAAGGAACAGCCACACAAGCCACUCGGACUCUAGUUCGCCAUGAUGGAAUAUUAUCUUUACACGAUUUAAAUAAAUUUAUAUGUGAAAUGUAUAUAGUUAUAUGUCAUAUAUAU